AUGAGUGUGUUUGAAGUUUCGAUUUUUUUACCAGAUUCAGGCAAUGGCAAUGGCAGUGUUGAUUUAGGUUCUUCAAUUGACUUUAGUUGUCGUGAUGGAGAAACCGGCGUUGAGGGAGGUGAUCAGAAAAGAAUUUCCUUAAAGGAUUUAGACGACGGAAGUGGUGGCGUUGAUGGCGGGAAAAAUGGAGGUUUGGCUUCUGUUGAUAGUGGUGGAAGAAGGGGGUGCCUUAGAUCAGCGGAUUUUGACACUGACGGAGUUAAUUCUUGCAAAGAAGGCCGUGACCGGAGCAUAGUUUCACCAAUAGAUUUGGGCGGUAUAAGCGGUGGAAGCGGUUGGGAUUAG